AUGGCGAUGGAUCUGACGUCAGCUCUCUUGGGUGCUGUCGUGAUCUUGAGUGUCCUGAGCGAGGUUGAAGUGAUGCGCACCAUGGCACGGAAGGAUUUCAUCAGUUGGGAUGAUGUGAGAGUGAAUGAGCAAGAGUACGAAAGCAUGAUCCGGGAGGAGUUGUAUUCGAGAAAAGGUCGGCCUAAUCGAAGCGGAGUGAUCCUCGUCGACAAGAACGGCCGCGGCGACUCCAUCACAGUUCAAGGUGCGGUCGACAUGGUUCCGGAGAACAACUCGCAGAGAGUGAAAAUUCUCAUCCUUCCAGGAACCUACAGAGAGAAGGUUCAUGUGCCAAGUUCCAAGCCAUACAUUUCCUUCAUUGGGGACGAAGAUCAAAGCUCAAAAACCACAAUCUCCUGGCACGACAAAGCUUCUGACAAACAGACCGAUGGCUGCGAACUGGGAACCUACAGAUCAGCCUCCGUGACUGUAGAAUCUGAUUUCUUUUGCGCAACCGGAAUCACCUUCGAGAAUACAGUGGUUGCAGUCCCAGGGGGUUAUGGAAUGCAAGCGGUGGCUCUAAGAGUCUCAGGAGAUAAAGCCAUGUUCUACAGAGUGAGGGUGUUGGGGACACAGGACACACUCCUAGAUGACACUGGCUCCCAUUACUUCUACCAGUGCUACAUCCAGGGAAGCGUGGACUUCAUCUUUGGCAGAUCAACAUCACUGUACGAGGAGUGCGUCAUUCACUCGACGGCGACGAAUUUCGGGGCGAUCGCGGCUCAUCACAGAGAUUCACCGAGCGAUCACUCGGGGUUUUCUUUUGUCAAUUGCGUCAUCAACGGAACCGGCAACAUCUACUUGGGGAGAGCAUGGGGAGACUAUUCGAGAGUAGUGUACUCCUAUUGUUACCUCGAUAACAUCAUAACGCCUCCGGGAUGGAGCGACUGGAACCACCCUUACAGGCAAAAGACGGCGGUGUUCGGGGAGUACCAGUGCAGCGGCAGAGGAGCUGACACAAGGGGGCGAGUGCCAUGGUCGAAAACGUUCAGUCACGAGGAAGCGAGAGGGUUCCUCGAUAAGAAAUUUAUUCAAGGAGAUCGAUGGCUCAGGCUCUGA